AUGGCCUGCUUGGUGGCUUUUUCAUGGUGGCUCGUGAUAGUGCCUGCCUGCGGCUCUUCUACUGAGCACUACCAUACUGUGGUUACAACGAAUGUAGCCAUGACGCGCAGCAAGUUCAACGGAGACGUAGAAGCCGCUGCAGACACGGCCAUCGACAAUAUUUCCGACGUGAAGAGAGGAGAUGACGACGGCCAGCUCUGCUUCGUCUUUACUCACCAUUUUGCUGAAAUCUCGAUUCCUAUUCGGAUGCUUACCAUCUACGUGGACACCUACCCGAACCAGCAUGGCUUCUUGGCAUAUACGGACUCCGAUGAUGUGCCACCAUCGGUGACGAAAGCUCUGCACUCUUUCUCGGGCACCGCUCCGAACAAGUCAGUUGCAGAAGCUUUGCGAAUUCUGUCUGCGAAGCUCAAGACAACUUUCGCGUCUAGUGCGUUCGACCCUGAACUGAACCAUGAACACCACACUCACGCUGCGGAGAUGGCUGACACGCUCGAAGACUCAGAUGGCGACACCGGCAUUGCCCUGCAGAACGAUUACGACGACAACGAUGACAACGACGACAACGAUGACAACGACGACAACGAUGACAACGACGACAACGAUGACAACGACGACAACGAUGACAACGACGACAAUGAUGAUUUUGAUGAUUUUGAUGACGACGACUACGACGAAGGCUUUCUUGGAUCGCAUUUGGACGAUUUCGACGACGACUACACCCUCGAGUUCGACCCCAAGCCAAAAACAGAAACGACCGAACAGCACCCCCCCGGCAGGCCCGCCGUUCCAAGCUCGCCCACCCUGAUUUCUGACCUACGCCGGGCGAAAGAGGCGGGUGUAAGCAUCGGCGUUCUGACAGAGCAACGCUCUGGCGGCAUAUUCUCUCUCUCCGUGCCAGUGAGCAAAAUGGGCCUUCCGGAAGACACGUUGACCGCCUGGGGGGUCAAUCCGAAGCAGUAUCUGGUCCUGUUAUGCAAAUAUGCAUCUCGUUACCGGAACCUCUGUCUUAUCAAGACCAAUUCACUUGGACCAUCUCGCGGCACGGAGUUUCGCUUUGGCGCCUGCGACAAGUUCAAGCCAUCUUUUGCGUCGGCGACCGCAGUCUUCACCGACUGCGGGACCCCGGAGUUCGGCAUUCCCCCUCCCGUCAAGGACCACGACUCCGACGGGCAGUUUCGUCCCCUGCACAUCUCGAACUCGCUGGACAUGUGGAUGAAGGCGGAGUUUGAAAGCCUUCUCCACCUUCGCCUGAAGUGCGGUCUGUCUUGGGACAGCGCAAAACAAGAGCUGGACGAACUGGCCAAGCUACCGCAGCUGGAGCGCGAGAGGGCUUAUGAUACGCCGAGAGAAAAAGUCCCCUCGCGCGACGGCGAACGUGUCGUCUUGGAGACAGACUUCGCCUCACUCAACUGCGAUAAUCUAUUGGAGGAGCCCGGUCGACGCAGCUUGCCCCUCAUUGCCAUGCAGUUUGCUCUGCGCUACUUCUCUAGGGCCACCCAGUAUUGCAUGACCUGUCAUCGCAGUCUGAACAACGACGGGUCGCCUGCGAUCAAGCCAUACGUCUGCGACGAACCACUGUGCCUGUACCAGUACAUGGCGCUCGGGCUCGGCGCAGACAUAGAACAAGAGCUUCUGCAUCAGCCAUACGUUGUUGACCUUCUCAUCAGCCUUUUCUUCGCCGCCCUGGAAUCCGGGCAGCUGCCUGAAUACCCCAGGGGUCUCGGCCUGCGGGUUCCCUCUCUGGGACCGGAAUUGGAAGUACGACUUCCCGGACCCCUUUUCGGCCAAGGGUCCCUGAAAGGAUACCCGUUUGGUGUGGGCUCCACCGCGCCAUCGGGGGUCACGAGCAAGGAGGGCGCCAAUGGCAAACCAACUGAAGUUCGUGCUGAAUUGCUCUCCGGCCGACUGUGGCUGUCUGACUCCCAGGAUGAGUGCCCUACACCCCCGCGCCCACGCCUGCACCGUGGCGAUGUGUUUGUGCUGGCUCCACGUGCGCAAGUUAGCGACCCAGCUAAGACACCUGCCGUGGGAGGACUUUUCCACUGUCGUGUUCAGUCGCAAUACAAUGACACGGGCGUCGUGCAGUUUGAGUGCUUCUUCCAUACCAACAGGCUUCCGGCAGACUGCUAUCCCAUUACAGCGGAGAGGAGCCUAGGACUUCCGAAAGACGAACUGACUGCGGACCUGUAUCCCUACAGUUGUGACUUGGAGGACCUUUCGCAGGAGCAGCAGAGACGAGCUCUGAUGAUGCUACUCCAGACCACCCCCGACGUUAGGCUCAUGGCAAUGCAGUUUUCCGACAAGAAAGCUUCGAACAAGGACGGUUUUGGUCUUCUCUCUAAGCCUGCAUUGAAAUUAUUGAGAUGGAUCGUCGCCUCUAACCGGUCCUUUCUGUUGGAUACUGAUUGUCGGACUAUCCAGAUUGAGGAUGGUGAACCAAGCAUGGCCAGCGCCAGUCUUAACGACAGAGCGCACGAGAAGCUUUCCGGCUUAAAUCGGAAUUGGAUGCAAUUUCGCUUUGCCCAGAGCUCUCCCGAGCAGGACAAACGAUUCCACCAGGCGAUAGAGGCUCAUUCAGCCCACAAGGAUGCCCCCACCAUUGUCGCCUGGCACGGGAGUCCGCUAGGAAACUGGCACAGCAUCAUCCGAGAGGGGCUAAAGUUUGACCGGGUUUCCCAUGGCCGUUCGUACGGAGAUGGCGUCUAUUUCAGCUCCAGCAUGAUCACCAGCUUGGGUUAUGCAGGUGGCGCGUUGGGUCAUGUUUGGCCCCACUCGCUCCUCGGCGUCAGAACCGCCAUCAGUCUCUGUGAGAUUGUGAAUAAGGUAGAGGACUUCACCUGUAAGGAUCCUUACUACGUCGUUCAGCACAUCGACUGGAUCCAGUGCCGCUACCUCCUCGUGCAGGGGGACGCAUCGAGGUCUUCACACACCCCGAAACAAACGUCUAAAGCAGCAGCAGCCACCGCCGUCCUCUACCAGGACCCUUUGUAUUUGGUCCGCGGCCCAAACGAUAAGAAGCAGGUCCGCAUUCCACGGGCUGCGAUCCCGGAGUCACGACGGCAAUCUCGCCGAGCACCUCCCCCGGAUACCCAAAUCCCCGACUCGGCACGACCUCAACUCAAACCUAGUAUCAGGUCCGAAAUCCAAAGUGAAGGCGACCAAGAUGAUUUCCAUCUGCUCACGGGUGCCGGGGAAGAGAGGGGGAAAGACUGCCCUAAGCCGACGUCAACAUUGUCUGUCCACCCGCACCAAGCCGUGACCCAACUGUGGCGUCCUGGCCAAGUUGAGUAUUCUUCGCUCCCCAGACUACCGUCCCCGACGUGGGCAGCUGGUCGGGGACGGAAGGUGCUGGCCCAGGAGAUUCGGAACCUGCAGAAGAUACAGACCUCUACUCCUGCCCCUGCCCACGAACUCGGCUGGUAUAUGGACUUCGGGAUAAUGGACAACCUGUUCCAUUGGAUUGUCGAGUUGCACACCUUCGACCGUUCUUUGCCACUGGGAAAGGAGAUGCAUAGACAAGGCGUCCACAGCAUCGUCUUGGAGAUGCGGUUCGGUCCAGAGUUUCCCCUCUCACCCCCUUUCGUGCGCGUAAUCCAGCCGCGAUUCCUACCGUUCGCGGUAGGGGGCGGAGGUCACGUCACGGCCGGUGGUGCUAUCUGCAUGGAACUUCUCACGACUUCCGGUUGGUCCCCGGUUCUCAGCAUGGAGAGCGUGUUGCUCCAGGUUCGCAUGGCUCUCGAGAGCACGGAUCCUCGGCCAGCUCGUUUGGACCACAAUCUGCGAAAUGCCGGCGGCGAUCUGGAAAGCUAUGGCAUUCAUGAGGCGAUCGAAGCCUACAGACGGGCAACACGGACGCAUGGAUGGAGCAUGCCCCCUGAUUUUGAGCAAACGAUUUCUAAUUUUGCCCAGUGA